GAACUUUUCUCCCUGAAGCUAGGUUGCAGCUGAAGAGAUCAAGAUGAUUCCAAAUUACUCUACUGAAGAAACCAUUAAAAGAAUCCAUGUUGACUGUCCCGUUUCAGGAAGGCACAGUUACAUCUACAUUAUGGUUCCAACCGUUUACAGCAUCAUCUUUAUCAUAGGCAUAUUUGGGAACAGCCUGGUUGUUAUUGUCAUUUACUGCUACAUGAAAUUAAAAACAGUAGCCAGCAUCUUUCUUCUAAACCUGGCACUGGCUGACUUGUGUUUUUUAAUAACUCUGCCACUCUGGGCAGCCUACACAGCCAUGGAGUACCAGUGGCCUUUCGGCAACUGUUUAUGUAAGUUGGCAUCAGCGGGGAUAAGUUUCAACCUGUACGCCAGCGUGUUCCUCCUCACAUGCCUUAGUAUUGACCGCUACCUGGCCAUAGUACAUCCAGUGAAGUCCCGAAUUCGACGUACCAUGUUUGUUGCCAGAAUAACUUGCAUUGCCAUCUGGCUUCUCGCCGGUGUGGCCAGCUUACCUGUCAUCAUUCACCGUAAUAUAUUCUUUGCUGAGAACUUGAACAUGACAGUCUGUGGUUUUCGGUAUGACAAUAACAACACAACGCUCCGGGUUGGGUUAGGUUUAUCAAAAAAUUUGCUAGGCUUUUUAAUUCCUUUUCUGAUCAUAUUAACAAGCUACACCUUAAUCUGGAAGACCCUAAAGAAGGCAUAUCAAAUUCAAAAAAAUAAGACCAGAAAUGAUGAUAUUUUUAAGAUGAUUGUGGCAAUAGUAUUUUUCUUCUUUUUUUCCUGGAUUCCUCAUCAAGUGUUCACUUUUCUGGAUGUAUUAAUUCAAUUACAUAUAAUAACAGACUGCAAAAUCACUGAUAUUGUGGAUACGGCUAUGCCCUUCACCAUUUGCAUCGCUUACUUUAACAACUGUUUGAAUCCCUUUUUUUAUGUUUUUUUUGGAAAAAACUUUAAAAAAUACUUUCUUCAGCUAAUAAAAUACAUUCCACCAAAUGUCAGCACACAUCCAAGCCUAACAACAAAAAUGAGCGCCCUUUCAUAUCGGCCACCAGAAAAUAUACGCUUGCCCACUAAAAAGACUGCUGGGUCUUUUGAUGCAGAGUGAUGCGUUUCGCAAUAUACUUUUUUUUGAACAACCUUGUGAGCAAA